CACAUGACCGGCUCUUAGGCAACAUGGCGGCGGCCGUGGGGCAGAGCCGGGGCUGAGGGAUCGCGAGUGGGCUCCUACCGGGGGUGAAGGGUGCCUCAGCUGGGGGAGUAGGGGACUCGAACCUCAACCCAUUCCUGUCCCCGACCUCACCGGGUUCCACUCUUCUCCUCCGCGCGGUGUGUCUGCCGGGGCGGGGACGCAUGAUAGAGCCCGGGUUCCAUCCCCGGUGCUCUGGGCUUCGGGGCAAGCUCCUCCCGGUCUCCCGGCGCACCUGCUUUGCCUGGGUUCCCCCUCCAUCCUCCUUUCUCCAGCCUCCUCCCCACGCAGGGAUCGUCAGUGGGACCGGAGCGCGGGCGGGCGCGACCCCCCGGGACCAUGUCCGGGUCCGACUCCACGCCCUUCCUCAGCCAGGCGGAUGACACGGAUGACGGACCGGCGCCCGGCAUCCCGGGCUUGCCGGGGCCCAUGGGGAACCCGAAGUCCGAGGAUCCCGAGGUCCUGGACCGGGAGGGACUGCAGCGCAUCACGGGCUUGUCUUCAGGCCGCUCGGCUCUCAUAGUGGCGGUGCUGUGCUAUAUCAACCUCCUCAACUACAUGGACCGCUUCACCGUGGCUGGCGUCCUUCCGGACAUCGAGCAGUUCUUCGACAUCGGAGACGGUAGCUCCGGCCUCAUUCAGACCGUGUUCAUCUCCAGUUACAUGGUGUUGGCACCUGUGUUUGGCUACCUGGGUGACAGGUACAAUCGGAAGUAUCUCAUGUGCGGGGGCAUUGCCUUCUGGUCCUUGGUGACACUGGGGUCAUCCUUCAUCCCCAAAGAGCGAUUCUGGCUGCUCCUUCUGACCCGGGGCCUGGUGGGGGUUGGGGAGGCCAGUUACUCCACCAUCGCGCCCACCCUCAUCGCUGACCUCUUCGUGGCAGACCAGCGGAGUCGGAUGCUCAGCGUGUUCUACUUUGCCAUCCCGGUGGGCAGUGGUCUGGGUUACAUCGCAGGCUCCAAAGUGAAAGAUGUGGCCGGGGACUGGCACUGGGCUCUGAGGGUGACUCCAGGUCUAGGAGUGCUGGCCGUUGUACUGCUGUUCCUGGUAGUACGGGAGCCACCAAGGGGAGCCGUGGAGCGCCACUCAGACUCACCACCCCUGAACCCCACCUCAUGGUGGGCAGAUCUGAGGGCUCUGGCCAGAAAUCCUAGUUUCAUCCUGUCCCUCGGCUUCACUGCUGUGGCCUUUGUUACGGGCUCCCUGGCUCUUUGGGCUCCUGCUUUCUUGCUGCGUUCCCGUGUGGUCUUGGGUGAGACCCCACCCUGCCUUCCUGGAGACUCCUGCUCUUCCUCUGACAGCCUCAUCUUCGGGCUCAUCACCUGCCUCACCGGGGUCCUGGGUGUGGGCCUGGGUGUGGAGAUCAGCCGCCGCCUCCGCCGCUCCAACCCCCGGGCUGACCCGCUGGUUUGUGCUGCUGGCCUCCUGGGCUCCGCACCCUUCCUCUUCCUGUCGCUUGCCAGUGCCCGUGGUAGCAUCGUGGCCACCUAUAUUUUCAUUUUUAUUGGAGAGACCCUGCUGUCCAUGAACUGGGCCAUCGUGGCUGACAUUCUGCUGUACGUGGUGAUCCCCACACGGCGCUCCACUGCCGAAGCCUUCCAGAUCGUGCUGUCCCACCUGCUGGGUGAUGCCGGGAGCCCCUACCUCAUUGGCUUGAUCUCCGACCGCCUCCGCCGGGGCUGGCCCCCCUCCUUCUUGUCCGAGUUCCGGGCCCUGCAGUUCUCGCUCAUGCUCUGCGCCUUCGUGGGGGCGCUGGGCGGCGCCGCCUUCCUGGGCACCGCCGUCUUCAUUGAGGGCGACCGCCGGCGGGCCCAGCUGCACGUACAGGGUCUGUUGUUUGAGGCCGGGCCUGCCGAUGACCGAAUCGUGGUGCCCCAGCGAGGCCGAUCCACCCGGGUCCCCGUGUCCAGUGUGCUCAUCUGAGGGGGGGUCACCGCUUGCUACCUGCACACCCACCACGGCUGGCCCCGGGCCCACCCAGGAGGGGCCUGGGCCCAAGCUCUCAGCCUGGCCCAUUUCUUAGGAGGGGCUUGGCCCAUGUUCCGGCUCCCACGCACUACAUGGGGAGCCAAGAGGGGAUGCUCCCCAUCCCCACUGGAGCAGCCCCAGGGGCUCGGUGCUAUUUGUAACUGAAUAAAAUUUGUAGCCAGAC